CUGCAGAGGGCUGAAGCUGUCGCGGUAGUCAGCCUUGGGGAUGGAUUCCGUGAGGCCCCUGGUCCCACUGACUGCACACAGCUGGUUGACUCCUUUCCCAAUGACCUCCAGCCAGUUUGGGGAAUGAGGAAGGUUCCCGCAGCUCAGAAACCAUAAUUUUUUCCGAGUUCAAAACACCUUCCAGAGGUAGGCGUGGGGGUUUCACUCCUCAUUCCCGGAGAGAACCAACGCGAAACUUCCAGAGAAAUAGAAAAAAGAAAAGCAAGUCUGUGGGGGAGAGCAAUAGAGAGGGGGAAAGCUUGGGGGUGAGUUAUGGGAUAGGAACGGCAGAAAAGAGCGUAGUGAAAAGUAGAAAAAGAGGGAGUCCCAGUAACUCCAAAGUUAAGGGGGUAUCCACGGAGCCCCUCUCUAUUGCGCCUGCGCAGUGCUACCUCUUUUAGUGCUCCCUCCCCUUCCCUCACCCGAAGAUUUACUCGUCUCUCGGCAACCAUUCACCCAAGGAGCCAAUCAGAGGGCGCCUUUUGCCGUGCCCUUACCGUCAGCGUCCAGGCGGAAGGAUCCCGCGGGCGCUGGCUCCGCCCUGCCCUGCCCCUUGCUCCCCCGAGAGGCAGGCUUAGGGGCGGGGGCGGGGGCGGGGGUGAAGGACGGGGGCGUGGUCAGGCAGUAUAAGAACGAGGGGGGGCGGUGGCCUUGCGGCUCACUCGGUGCAGCUGCUUGGGGGCUGAAGUGACCGUGCUGCUCCUGCUGGGGGCUGCCCACGCCAAGGACCGCACUCUGUCAUCUCCUCUUCCACCGCCCAGGGAAGCGGUCUGAGCUGGACCAGCAGGAAUUCUGUCCUUUGCCAUUGUUGUUUGUGAAGAUGGAAAACUUAAUAUCCCUGGAGUCACGCUUUUACUUGAGAUAACUGAAACCUUAUGUUUUAAGUUUCCCUGGCCAGAGCGUCCCCCAAGAUGGCAGAGGAGAGCAGCAGCGCCAGGGACUGCGCGUCCUUCAGCGUGCUCAACUGGGACCAGGUCAGCCGGCUGCAUGAGGUCCUGACCGAGGUCGUGCCCAUCCACGGGCGAGGCAACUUUCCGACCUUGGAGAUGACCCUGAGGGACAUCGUCCAGACCGUCCGCAGCCAGCUGGAGGAGGCAGGCAUCAAAGUGCAGGACGUCCGGCUGAACGGCUCCGCCGCCGGCCACGUUCUGGUCAAAGACAACGGCUUGGGAUACAAAGACCUGGACCUCAUCUUCCACGUGGCCCUCCCCACCGAGGUCGAGUUCCAGCUGGUCAAGGACGUGGUGCUGUGCUCCCUUCUCAACUUCCUGCCGGAGGGCGUGAACAAGCUCAAGAUCAGCCCGGUCACCCUGAAGGAGGCCUACGUGCAGAAGCUGGUGAAGGUGUGCGCGGACACCGACCGCUGGAGCCUCAUCUCCCUCUCCAACAAGAACGGCAGGAACGUGGAGAUGAAGUUCGUCGACUCCAUCCGGCGUCAGUUCGAGUUCAGCGUGGACUCCUUCCAGAUCAUCCUGGACUCUCUGCUCUUCUUCUACGACUGCUCCAGCCACCCCAUCUCCGAGCACCUGCACCCCACGGUGAUCGCGGAGAGCGUGUACGGGGACUUCGAGGAAGCCUUCGACCACCUGCAGAACAAACUGAUCGCCACCAAGAACCCCGAGGAGAUCAGGGGCGGGGGCCUGCUCAAGUACAGCAACCUCCUCGUGCGGGACUUCAAGCCCACAGACCAGGAGGAGAUCAAAACUCUGGAGCGUUACAUGUGCUCCAGGUUCUUCAUCGACUUCCCAGACAUCCUGGACCAGCAGAGGAAGCUGGAGACCUACCUGCAGAACCACUUUGCCGAAGGGGAGAGGAGCAAGUACGACUACCUCAUGAUCCUGCGCAGGGUCGUGAACGAGAGCACCGUGUGCCUCAUGGGGCACGAGCGGCGGCAGACCCUGAACCUCAUCUCCCUGCUGGCCUUGCGCGUGCUGGCCGAGCAGAACAUCAUCCCCAGCGCCACCAACGUCACCUGCUACUACCAGCCGGCUCCGUACGUCAGCGACGGCAACUUCAACAACUACUACAUCGCCCAGUCUCCAGUGACCUACAGCCAGCCCUACCCCACCUGGCUGCCCUGUAACUAACCUUGAGACCUGAGGGUUUCCACGGCGGGAACCCCCCGUAGGGCAGGGGCUCUCAGGUAGGGGAGCCUCCUUCUAGAUGUAGGUGUUUGCCUCUUAAAGGGGAACUCAGCUCUGAUUCUGCUUUUUUUUCUUUGUGUACCCAUCGGAGUGGGUCUACAGUGUGUCAUGAGCCAACCCUCACGGGACCCAUUGUUCCAGUGCCACUUUGGAAAAAGCUGUAGGAAGCAUGGCCUGUCCACAUCUUUCCGAGACAGACACUAACCUGCCGUGUCCCAAGCAUGGGCUCGGGGAGGUCCGAGCUCUGUGCGGUGACCCAGGCGGGGGAGUCGCCCGGGCAGGGUGUGAGAAGCACGGGGCCGCGUGUCUUCUCACCGGGGCCUGGAGAAGGCCCUGCCGGCGCCCGCCGGGGGCUCUCAGCUACACGAAAGCUGUGCCGAUGGUCUGUGUUCCUGCAUCAGUUUUAGUCAGGCAGGAAAGGGCAACCGCGAGGGUGCUCCCGUGACUUCAGUUUCGUUCCAAGGACUGCGCUGCGUGUGUUACUCCCUGUCAGCAGAGCUGAGGACUCCUCUCACCAGCACGCCAGGGCCGGACGCAGGUCCGGCUGGAGCGGUCCAUGGUUUAGAUGCUGCGCUCCUGCGAGGAAUUGUGUGUGAGAUUGCUGAGACGGAAAAAAAAAAAAAAAGAGAAAAAGGCCUUUUUGUGAAAUGUAACUUGAAAACAAAAUAAAACGUGGAACAUAAUGUUAAACUAGGAUUGUGGUGGGGGUAGGAGUGAUUGUAAAUAGGAAAGCUGAAUGUCCACUUUUUCUUUAAGGAAUUUUGAUGACUGACACUUUGUUUUUCCCUCAGCAGCUCGUCACUUUUGUGUUUCUUUCCCCUGAGACUGAGGGUCACGCCGAGUCUGGGGUCAUUGGAGUAGCUGACGUGUGAGGGUCUCCCUGUGUUUUCACUGGAAACCCGUCCUGGUCACAUUCCAAGUAGGACAAGCUGUUUUUCUGGAAUACUUGUGCUGAUUUUUUUGUUUGUUUGUUUGUUCAGAAGUAGUGAUUUCCUUCUCCAGAUUUUUUUUUGACAGCAAAUAAAUUCAGGAAUUUCAGUAAAACUGGGCAGCCUGUGGAGUGAUCUGCCCAUGUGGGCAGAUAUCUUUGGCUUAACUGUGCUUUAGAAUGGAACCCCCUGCCCCCGUGCGGGGCGUGAGGCGGAGGGCUGGCGUCCGGGCGGGCCCGUGUGUGACAGCCGUGCCGGGGCGCCUUGCAGCAAUCAGUCCUGGUGUAUUUGGGGGUCAGUUGCGUGAAUGAAGAAUCAUCUUCCUGCUGCUGGUAGAUUUGACCACACUUGUUUAUAUUCUGCACUUUAGAAGGAGAACAGUAUUAACCUCUAGUCUAAAGCAAGCUUAGCAAACGGAGCGCUCUAGGCCGCCGCUUCCCCAGUAGAUGAAGUGCGGGGUUUUGUGUUUUGAAGUUUUUUUGUGUGAUCUCCUAGCAAGCAUCACCUCAGGGUGUCCAGGGCCAAGAAACCCAAUCUUGCCAGCCAGCCGGGGUUCUACAGCGAUUCCAUCUAGCCCGAGGUCCUGAGUUUAAAUUUGUCCCGUGGCCGUGCAAAGCCCAGCCCCGAGUGAGUGCUUUCUCCUCGCUUGAAUAAGCAAUGAAGUUGCCUUCUUACAGAAAUGCUGAAUAGAAAACGAGUGGUUUACCUUUUUUUUUUUUUUGAAGAUUAUAUUUUCAGGGUUUUUUCCUAGAAUGUGGUGUCUUGGUCCUCUCAAAAAGCAGGUGGGGCCUGGCUGAAGCCCAAGGCUUAGCUGCUAUCCAGGUUGCGCUAUAGGAGGUGAAGAGAAGCCACUUCUUAGUGGAACCGGCUCCUGUUCUCCGGGAGCCGGUCAUGUCUGAAUGCACUGGCUCGGAGUCAAGGCUGGUUUGGUGUUGGAGGGGAGGGGCGGGGUGCUCCAGUGUUAGAAGGGGGGCAGUAAAAGAAGAGUGGAUCCCAACUUUGAAAACGACAUGGUCAUCCAGGACCUUAAUAGACUGCCAUUGUGGUCAGAUGGCAACAUGCUUGCUCAAAAAUGACAGAUCUGUGUAACCAAAGCUUUGAAAUUCGACGGAGCCGCCAACAGAAGCACUCGCCACCGUUAUUCGGGACUGUGCCCCCAGGAGGCGUGGGGGACUGGGCAGCGAGGCUGCAGAUGAAGAGGGGACCAGACCCGCGUCAGGCCAUUAAAUGUCAGUUUGUCCUUGGAGUUCUUUCUGCUCGUUUUCUUCUCCCACCCCCCCUCCCAGCUGGAACUGGUCCUUUGAGAGUGGAGGGAAGCACAGAAGAUGCUCAGAGCCCCCAGCCUCCAGUCCUUUCCCACCAUGCAAGAUGGCCAGCUUGGAGGUCUCCUCCCCCGAAGCCUUCAGGCAGCCCAGCUGUUCUGGAGUUUGAGAGCAGGCGUGUUCUAGAACCAUCAGGGUAAAAAGCCACACUGACCGAAGCUGUACUUUUGAAAUAUCACCCAGGGCUAAGUGGUGUCUCCACCUGCUCUGGGAGCCUUUUGCCUGCCUCAGACUAGACCAGGUAACCUUGAAUUUCAGGUGUCUGGAAAUUCUAGCUGAAACCUGCCUUUCAUGCGGCUCCCAAGCACCAGGUACUCUGAAGCUGUACUGAGUCCUGUGGCGGUUCUUUUCUGUGUGUUGAGUAACAUGAAACUUGGCCGUGGCCAAGGGCACUAAAGUUCAAGUGCAAGUUCUCACAUACAUUUACGCAGUCUCAUUUGCUUCAGGGCUCUGAACAGUUUUCUGAUGCUUUCUGCUAGUGUGCGCUCGUUGCCCCAGCCUGCACCUUGGAAUCAGGUCAACAGCAGGGAGAUUCAAACAGCACCUUUUCCCUUGUGUUGGCAGAGGGCGCGCACGGAGUUCCUGGCCCUGAGCUCCAGUCUCACCCUUAAACCUCACCUUGGCAGUGAGACACUAUUCCUCACUCAGUAACUGCAACUCUGAAACCGAACUCCGUGUCACCAACACCUUCAAAUCAGGGUUUCCGCUGACCACUUGUGGGAUAUGGCAUCUGGAGGACUGGCAGGUGGGGGAGUCUGUCAGGAAAGAUGCUGGGUGUCUGCUAUUUGGUGACUAUUGUGGUUUGACAUUUAAGUCCCUGCCCCCGCCCCCCACCCCAAGUUUGAUUUUUCCCUGGAGAUUGGAGUUACGGUGAGCUGUGUGUGAACCUGUGGAGUUCUUUGUUUGUUUUUUUUGGUGAUGCAUUAGUAAGCAAAUGGCUAACGCCCAAAUCUGCUUGUUCCUCAGCCUCCCCACUAGCACGGGCCCCUUACCUUCCUGGUAGGUGAGGAUUGGAACCAGUACUGCUUUCUUAACUUUGGGAAGUGGUGCCACUCAAAAGCACCUUCCUAACUUUCGGAAUGGCUCCCUUCUCGUUAACUUUGUGGGGCAACUUUUUGGGGCUGGUGCCUUGUUGUAGGGUGCAGCUGGAUUCCGAGCUCAAACAUCCUAUUCCAGAGACUAAAUGAUAGUUAUCCAGUUGUGAGAAAAGACCCCAAUGCCCACUAGGGCUGUGACUCUUGGGGUGUCUGCCUGGGGCUCCCCACGAGGGAGAAGCCUUUGGGGGGGAUUCUGUAAGGUGAGAGAACUUCCAGUGGCCAAGGUUAAAUCCGUACCCUUAAUCUGGCAGAGACCAGAAUGCCACAGCUGACCUUGGAACCCAUUCCAAUUCCGCCAGUUACAUUCAGAGGACCUUGGGAGGGGUGUGUGUUGGGGGGGAGCAGGGGAAGGUGAUAUAUUUAAAAAGACCUGACAAAUUUUCAGGAUUAUUUGUGGAGACUUCAAGGUGAGGAUCAGGAAAUAAAAUGCUUUUUUUGUGAGUUCAAGUUCUAAAUCUUGUUGACCUAUCACUUUAUUGAGAAAAAAAACACACACACAAAAAAAC